CAUGUUUAAAUGAUCAUUCUGGAGCAUAAUCGCCAUCUACUUCAAUAACUGCUUCCCAUUUGCUUGGCAAACGAUCGAUUCCACGUGCAAAAAAGUGACGAUCCUUGGAUGCAAUCCACGCUUUGACGUCAGCGACAAGAUCGUUCAAAUCAUCGUAGACUUUGCCCGUCUGUCAAUUUUUGAGCGAACGAUUGACGUGAUAGUCUGUAGGAGCUUCAGUAGGAGAAUAUGGUGGGUGCUCAAGCAGUUCCCAUCCUUUGUCGUUGAUUGAUUGGAUUACUCGAUGUUCGACAUGUGGUCUGGCGUUGUCAUGGUGAAACACGAUGUGGUUCUUCUUGCGAGGACGUUUGGAAAUUCGCUCACCGUUCGAAAAUUCGUAGGUUCAUUGUUCUUUAGUAGAGUGAGAAGCACAAAGUAAACCAGUUUACUUUGAAGCAAAUAAUAGUGGUGGUUCCCCAUGUUUUUAUUUGAUCAACAGAAUAACCAGAUUUUUGCUUAAAGGUUUAAAACAAAAUACGUAUUACAGACUUACCGUUUUACAUUUGAAUAAAAUUUUCUAGUUACACAUUUAUUAAUAACCACACCCAUUAGGAAACUUGGAAAUCUCUGCCUUCGAACUCAUCUUCGAAGAAGGCGUCUUUCUCUGUGUCGCUUUUGUCUUCUGUUGAUGCAUAGACAGGUAUUACGGUUGUUGCUGGGUUACCUCUCGAUAUAUGUUUGUAAUUUAUUUUUCGUGUCUUUUUAGACAAGUACAGAAUUAUUACCGGCGGCAUCGUCAUCUUCUAAAGAGCAAGGUGCACAUCAACUAGAAUUCACAGGAUGGAUACUCUGGGACAUGGUAGGUAGUAGUAGAGCUUUAACAUCGAAAAGUAGUGGUGUAUUAAUUGAUCAAAACCACAUAUUAACCUGUUCAUAUUUAUUUGAUCCAAUUUUUUAUGAAAGCCAACAAUGUCUUGGCCAUGUUUAUGAGGGACAUUUAAUACAAAUAAGAUUAGAUAGCCUCUCACUCUUACAAGAUGCUGAAGAUAAUGCUGAUUUAAUAUUAUUGGAAAUAGUUUCAAAUGACAAUUGUUCAAGGGAUUGGCUAUCGAAAAUGAUGUUUAUACCAUUAUCAAUGUCAUCAAAUUUCGCGAAAACUGAUAGGCGAAUGAAUUGA